ACCAGUGACUUUAAGUUCGUGUCAUCCUACAAUGACAACACUCUGCCUGCUGACCAGACUCUGAGGAAAAGUCCGUCAGACUUUGCUGAAGUAUUUCAAGAUUCGUUGGAGCCUCUAGAGGUAUGCGCAUGUGUUGUUUUAAACAUUUUAACACCCACACAAUUUUAAAUCAGCCUUCGAUCCGUUACUUGAAAACCUUUUUUUUUUCUUAGUUAAGGUGGUCUAACACAGAAAAAAAGUCAUUCCUUGCAUAUGCAGAUAAUUUGUAUUUUCUGUUAAAUUUGUAUUUUAUCAAUUAUACAACUUAAUUGCUAAUACUUCUAAACAAAAAAAAUGAAACAAACCAUUUGUUUUUCUGUGAAAGAGUGUUAUCCACUUUCCAUGGAUAUGAAAAUAUAUCAAAAUUUUACUUUGUUUGAUUGUCUUCAGUCUACAUUUGUUUGCCUCCAAGCUGCCAAAGUACAGGAUAUAUACUAUAUAAUUCUUCUAUUACCCCUGGCGUACAGUGGUGGGAAAUAAAUAGUGUCAAUUGAUGAAGGCAAUACAAACCAAUAUGUAUUUUCCUGAUUUCAUCAUAUUCCUCAGCUCCUUAUUGGUCAAAUUAUAUAGCUACAGCCCACCAUUUAUCUUGGAGAGUACGUGGACUUCUUGUGACUUCAUCAUAUGAGUAAUUUUAUUUUAUUGAGGAACAAGGCUACAGUGUCGUUAUUAUUACUUUGUUGUAUCUUGGUAAGUCAUCUGAGACUUGUGAUAGAUAUGAGCCCUCGUACAUGGUGUGUGUUACAUUAUACUGCGGUAUCUCUCCAUGGUGCUGAAACCAACUCAACCCUCACAUAUUCGUCCCUGCAGUCCGCUAUUUGUAUUUUUACUGUGGUAAAACACUGGCAUUUCCAACACAAAACUCUCUUCUACCACUCACUGUGUAUUGGUCAUCUAUGUUUGGAUGUGACUGCAGCCUCGACUUUUUAGUCUAUCAUUCUCAUCAGAGGACUCAAUUAUUUAAAUCUUUUGUAAUACCUACAAUUUUCUCACAGUGUCGCUGUCCACCAGCUUUACUUAAUGGUGCUACAUUGUGUUACCCUAUAACCUGCACAUUUCUAUUUCACAAAAGAUUGUCCUUUGGUAAAAGCAGCGAAGUAGUACCAUCUGCAAUUGGACUGCACUUGUUGUCCGAAGAGGAUUCCGUUUGGCUGGUUAUUUUCAUUUUUCACGUCUUGCUUGUGGUGGAUUUGGCACUGGUCCUUGCAGGAAAAUGGGGAACAACACAUUUUCCGUGUUGGGCCUGUUCACCUCCUUCGGAGUAUUUCUUCAUGCGCUGCAAACCGUCGGUGGCGAUGUGUCUUAUUCUUUUGCAGAGGAGAUGAAACGCGGCUCAGUUGUUGGAAAUAUAGCGAAAGAUAUUGGACUCGAGGUGGGCAAACUGACUGCCCGAAAGGCUCGUAUUGAUGUAGACGGAAACAACAAACGGUAUUGUGACAUUACUCUCAGUACUGGAGAUAUCAUUGUUGCUGAUAGAAUUGACAGAGAGGGGCUUUGUGGCAAAAAGGCAUCUUGCGUUUUAAAACAGGAGCUUGUCUUAGAGAACCCUUUAGAGGUGCAUCGCAUUGGUGUUCACGUUCAAGAUAUCAAUGAUCAUUCACCACAGUUUAAAAAGAACACAAUCAAAUUUGAAAUUAGGGAAUCGGCUUCUAAAGGUAGUCGCUACCGUCUAGAUGAGGCCCACGAUGCAGAUAUCGGACAAAACGCCAUCCAGGGCUAUAGUAUAGAGGCAAAUGAAAACUUCAGAUUGAAUAUUAUUGCAAAAAGCGGAGGAGGUAAAUACAGCGAGUUAGUUUUAGAGAAGGAGCUGGACAGAGAACAACAGCAAGAGCUAACAGUUGUGCUUGUGGCAACAGACGGAGGCUCUCCUCAGCGAUCGGGUACUGCAGUCAUUCACGUCACUGUACUGGAUGCUAAUGACAACGCCCCAGUGUUUCGUCAGGCCGUUUAUAAAUCCAGUCUACCUGAAAACUCUCCGUUAGAUACUGUAGUGGUUACAGUGAGCGCUACUGAUGCAGACGAGGGAAUCAAUGGAGAGGUGACUUAUGAAUUUGAUCAUAUCUCUGAUGAAAUUAAUAACGUCUUUUCUCUUGAUCAGACAACAGGUGAAGUGAAAGUGAGUGGAUCAAUAGAUUAUGAGGAAUUGUCCGCCUAUGAAAUGCAAAUUACAGCCAAGGAUGGUCUUGGAUUAGUGUCAUCUACGACAUUGAUUAUUGAUAUCACAGAUGUCAAUGACAAUGCCCCUCUUAUGUUCAUUAAGUCACUGACUAACCCCAUACCUGAGAACGUGUCACCUGGUACA